AUGCAACAUGAAAAUGCUGAAAUGAAUGAAUCAUACUUACAUAUAAAUCAACACGUCAAGCAACGAUCCAUUGAAUGCAUCAAAUCGAAGUCACAACUGCAAGAAAUUAGCAACAUCAACAACAGCAGCAGCAAGGCGCUUAAUAAGCUGAUUCUAUUCCUUUUAAGGAGUGCAGUCAAGGCAGCUGCUAAAGGUCGUUCAAUGUUAAAUUAA